CCUCUCUGCUGUGUCUGGCCACACUGCGACUGCUGCCUCUGCUCCAGAUUAGAUUACAUCCUUACUGUGCCGUUCAUAAAAAUGAGUCUCAACUUCAGGAGUAACUCUAUGGCGUUCACCAGGUCUGCCCCACAGUACAGGGCGGCCAGCAUCUAUGGAGGAGCUGGGGGAAAGGGCACCCGAGUGUCCUCUGCCUCCUCGCUCCGCUCUGGAGCCCCCAUGAUCUCUGCAACAUCCAGCUACAAAGUCAGCAGUGGCAUGGGAGCAGGACUGGGAGCAGGAAUGGGAGCAGGAAUGGGAGCAGGUCUGGGUGGAGGCAUGGGGGCUGGUGGGAUGGCAGCGGGCGGCAGCAGUGGUUCGAUCCUGGGUAACGAGAAGGGAGCCAUGCAGAACCUGAACGACCGCUUGGCCAACUACCUGGAGACUGUGAGGAACCUGGAACGAGCCAACAAGGAACUGGAGGUGCAAAUCCGACAGGCGUUGGAGAAGGGCUUGCCUGACCUGAGGGACUACAGCAAGUACGAGCCAAUCAUAGAAGACCUACGCAGACAGAUUUUUGACAGAAUAACAGAGAACGCCCGGAUAGUUCUGCAGAUCGAUAAUGCUCGCCUUGCUGCAGACGACUUCAAAGUAAAGUUCGAUAACGAGACCACGAUCCGUCAGUCGGUGGAAGCGGACAUCGCCGGACUGAAGAAACUCAUCGAUGAGACAAACAUGAGCCGAAUGAACAUCGAGAGCGAGAUCGAGGCUGUGAAGGAGGAGCUCGCCUUUCUCAAGAAAAACCACGAGAACGAGGUGAUGGAGCUGCGUAACCAGAUCUCUCAGUCUGGAGUCCAGGUGGACGUGGACGCUCCCAAAGGUCAGGACCUGUCUCAGAUCAUGGAGGAAGUGAGGGCCAACUACGAGAAGAUGGCUCAGAAGAACACAGCGGACCUCAAACGCUGGCACGAAAACCAGAUCGCAGACGUGCAGGUCCAGGUGUCUCAGAACACAGAGGCUCUUCAGGGAGCACAGAUGGAGAAGAGCGAUUUGACCCGACAGAUACAGACGCUGGAGAUAGAACUGGCCUCACAACAGAGUCUAAAAGCAUCUCUGGAGGACACUCUGAGGAAUGUGGAGAUGAGGACCAAUAUGGAGAUGGAGAAGUACAACAUCAUUCUCAUGCGGCUGGAGGAGGAGCUCACACAACUUAGAGCCAACAUCCAACAACAGAGUCAGGAGUACCAGGCCCUGCUCAACAUCAAGGUCAAACUGGAGGCCGAGAUCGCCAUGUACAAGAACCUGCUGGACGGAGGGGACUUCAAACUCCAGGACGCUCUCGAGGAACUGGCCGCUUCCAGCUGAAAAGAGAGAAAACUCAAACUGCCACAAGAAUAAAACGUUUUAGAAACUCUUCCAGUUCAAAACUCUGCCCUAAUAAAGAUGUGUCCAUCUCA